CCGCCGCACCGCACUUUUGCGAAAACGCCAACAGAUGAAAAUUGCGCCAGUCGGACGGGGUAGUGCAAGUCAGUCAGUGGCACUUUGGCCAGCAUUCGAAUCAAACGCAUUUUCCUGACCCGCCGCCGCGUCGUGCGCGCGUGUCUUUUCGGUUAGUUACGAAGUGUGUUUUUAGUGUUUCAGCUUUUUGCCAAUUAUAGUGAGUGGCGCGCGCUUUUCGGGAAACGUGAUUUUUGCUGCGAACGCGGGCUGUGGGACAACCGACAAGCGAGAAGUGCUUUCUUUUACUGGAAGGGUGUGAAGCUCCAGAGCAGUUCCGGAAGAAAAACAAGUGCAAGAUCGUAGGACGGGGUGCGACGCUUUGAAUUCAAAUGAAAUGCCAUACGAUAAAGAUCUGAUUGCACGCGCUAUUUGUGUGGAGAAUGAAAGAGUGUAAAGUGGUGCGGUAGCGAAUAUACUCCUCCGAGCGCGCGGGAAAUUGCACAUGGGGAAGCAGAGAAGAGGAAAAACCUCUGCCAAGAAAACAGCAACCUGACUCCGGUCCGUCCUUCUGAGUGAGCGCGGCGCGACACAUUCAAUGCGCUAAUUAGUGACAAGUGAUGUAACUCGAGCGAAGGAAACCGGGUGAUUUUCGCUUCUAGAGGCCCAGACGCGCGUUACGUUACGUGUACCUUUGGGCACAGUGCAGCACACCCCGCUUACAUAAUUUGCCCGAAAAAAAGUGAUCGCACAAGUGUAACGAACCCUUCGUGUGUGCCUUCCGUCGUCGUCGUCGCCGUCGUCGUCACCACCGUCUUGAUCGUCAUCGUCUGGAUCAAAUCGACUGUGAACCAAUUCCUUCAGCCAACAACAACGUCAAGCGCACGAUCGAUUUCUUCCGCUCGCCUAGACACGCUCCUAAUCGAAGUCGUGUGCCACCUCCAGUAGCAGUACCGUCCAUCAACGGCAACAUUUUCCGACUUUUCGCGCGCAACUCUGAAGGCACCGGGCAGCACUCCACACCGUCGGCGAUCAAGCUCUGUUUCGGACACCACCCGCCUGAAUUAAUCGACAAAAAUGGGAAACAUUUUCAUACUGCUGUUUGGCUUUUAUCUGAUAUACCUCGACGGGAUCAACGCAUCCUGGGGAACACCGGAGAGCAACCAGUACCAUAUCCAGACGGACGAGGGUCCCGAGCGGUACUUCAGAUAUCAAACCGACAAUGGACAGUUUCGCAAAGAGAAGCGCCUACAGGAUGGCACAGUGAUUGGAACUGAUGCCUGGAUAGAUGCAUCCGGUUAUCUGCGCCAGAAGGACUACAUUGCUGACGACAAGGGCUAUCGGAUAUUGAAAUCGAAAACGGUAUACGUUGGGAAGGAUCUACCGAUUCAGGACGCCAUCAAAUCCGUCAAGAAUCGACCGGCUGACUCAGGGGUACUUGUACCUCCUGGUCCACCAUACCGACCUUCUCCACCACCGGAACCAGUUGCCAUCGUGCCUACCACUCCAUCGCCGAUAGCCCCUCCUGUCACCCCAGGCAUCAAAGCUGUAUUCAUAAGGCCUCACUCGCAGCCAGUCAACGCCAAUUUUCUGCCGGCAAAUAUUGCACGCGAUCAAUAUAUACCGCCUAGCAGAUAUUAUCCUUCUAGCACGCCAAGGCCUGACAUUUUCGUUCCCUCGAGUACACCAUACUCGCCACUGGCAGGAAACGAUCUGUCCUCUACGCCCAUUGCUCUCUAUGGACCAGCUUCAACGCCUUCACCGCUGGCCGACCGAUCCCAAGCACAUCUACCACCACUAGUCAUCUACAACACCGAUCAAAAACGACCGAACGACUACGAUCAUCCGACGCCCCGACCAGAGGAACCUAUCUACCAGCUCAGCAAUGAUCUACUACCUCCGAAACAUCAGUACAUCCAAGUGGUUCCCACUCCGGUCCACCACCGGCGACGCAUCCCACAUGAUCGACGAAGACCGGUCUACGUGGAACCCAUCAGCAUUACGUCAGCGGCGCCGUUCUUAGAGCGUGCAACUCCUGCUCCUAAGCCACUGGUGGUUCCUCUCUCCGACAACAACCUGGAAUCUCAACCCAGCUUCAACCGUGAUCUCCUGGAACCUCCGCCAAACUACGGCCAGAGGUACCAACCGAACCGGCGAUCCGAUCACACUUACGACGGCGUGUCGGUGACCAACAACGGCUUCCAGUACUACCUUCCGAGGCAGUACCACGAAGAGGCCAACUCGGGUAGUUCCACGCGGGAAGGUAGCUUCGGCUACAUCGACCCCUUCGGUAUACGCCGGGUGGUAUACUACAACACCGGUCCCGGCAAGGGUUUCGUCCAUCGAAAGAACAACCGCUUCGUGGGCUUCAACUCAACGCCUUACGAUCCACGACCGGUGUGAGAUGUGGAUACGUGAGGGAAGGGGAGGAACCAUCACAUCUCCGUCACAACCGCCAACAGCACUGUUUUACGCUUCGACUAAUUUAUUUAUUAGCUAAAAGUCGCCCACUGUCUACUGAGUGACGACUGCCAGUCGCAAUAGCAAAUCUUGUCUCAAUCAUUGAAGCUGGGAUUGAUGUGUGGAAAGGGCGGAAAGGCGUUUGCAAUUUUAUGCAACUAUUCUAUCUUUUGACUAUUUAUUCAACAUCUUUAGUUGUUUUGUUCUUCCGACGUAUUUCAACUAUGAUUCGUACAAAUCCAGAUAUUUUUUUUUUGGAAUAGUGAAGUCACAGAUUACAAAAGUUGUUUCGCCCUUUCUACAUGUUAAUCCACAAGUAACACUAGAUGAACGAUUUCAAUUAGCCAGAUCCGCGUAUGUCGCCUGUCUGCUCGCAUUUCGUCGACUGGACUGGUCAACGCUGACGCUGAGUUCUAAGCGCGGUCCGAUUGCGCUCCGCUCAAGGAUGCACGGGGGCGAAAUCAUUUUUUAGCGAACUGAUGCGAGAAGGCGUUCUCCUCUGUCCGUGCGGUAAAAUUUUAACCGAAGUGGAGCAAAAAGUUCUUGAGGUUGAAUUAAAUCGCGAUGUGUAGAUCAAGUUGCACUGUGUUGCACAAAUGAAGCGGAUCCAAUUGGAUGUUGACCUCCGUGUUGGCGAGCGUGGUAGCAGCGGGCGGACGCGUGGCGACUGCCAAUUUGUGGUGAUUUACGCAGACCGGAGAAGAGUUGGGAUCAUUGGUGAUUGCUCUUUGGAAGGGUACGCAGUUGCGGCUUAGUUUUGAAAGGAAAAGUUUAAACUUUUUUUGAACAUGAAAAGUUUAAAAAUGUGUCUUGUACCGACUUUUCGAACCCUCUAAGCAGAACACCCAGAGCCAUAACGUGCGAUUGGCCAGGUUGGUCCCCGCCAAAGGCUCCGGCAUAAGAGGAGCGACGAAAAGGCUUGAGGCUUACAUGAGAAUUGCACAUUAUCCAAAACUGAAAAAGCACUUUUCUUCAGAAUGAUGAACAAGCUAACAAAACUAGCGUGUUCAUUAUUGUCAUUAUUGAGUAAAUAAACAAUCGAACAUUUUUUUUUCGAAUGAGUGUUAUCAGUUUCGUAACUUUUAAUUCUGCCCUAUUUUGCUUAUCCUUUGACAGAUACUAGAAGGAAACAGGAUGAUGCUUUUGAACGUUAUCAAGAUUUUACUAUUCACAAUAUCUAUAAUUGAUAAUUCGGGAGCAAUAUUUGAAAAGGGACCAAGAGGUACCUUUUUUCGAAAAUGCUCCGUAGGGCUCAACAGCAGCCCGCCCAUGCAGAUGAACAACGUUGUUCGAAAGAUCAACGUUUGCUUUUUCUGAUAACGGUCUUAGUUUGUGUGGAUACGUUGAUGGGGCUCAGCAACGACGUGCGUCGUUGUAAUUGUUUACCAAUGCUUGUAUGCCCUUUUCAAAUGUUGCUCCAGAGUUCUUUUACGUUCUUCCAUAUUCUCAAAAAAUCAGGUUUUUUAGAUGAUUUUGAAUAUUUAUCCAAGUUACCUGGGAAUUUAAUGCGCAUUUAGUUCACAACUGGACUGCACACUCAGUCUUUAUAAGUGCGAAAAUCUGUAUAAAAGUGCGCGAUGGUUUGGUGUCUUCAGUGCACUAUUUCUUUAAACUAUGCUGAAUAAAUGCUCUGAAGACACCGAACUGAUUUGAUGCAAUCGCGCACUUUUAUUUACGUUUUCGCACUCGUGGAAACUGGUGCGAUAGUCCAGUGGUUAACCAAAUGCGCAAACAAUGCGUAUUGACAUGCCCUUUCAGUUCAUACAUUUUUGUCAGAGAAUGUUUCUUUGGGCUUCAACUCUUGUAAAUCUAGCAGAAAGCACUCCAGUUGUAAUCACCCUAAAAACUACCAGAGUGUUUCUUAUUAUUUUUUUUCCUCAAAACAAAUCAUAGAUUUUUAAGAAUUCCUUUAAAAAUUUCGCCAAGUAUUUCUUCCAAGAUUCUUUCAGAAAAUCUUUUAAUAAUUCUUUCAGAAAUUCUUCUGGGGAUUUCUUUGAAAAUUUCUUCAAGAAUUCCUCCAGAAAUCCUCAUAAAUUACUUCAGAGAUUCUUUAAAAAAAUCAAAUCAAAAACUUUUCCGGAGAUUCCUCUCCUCCUCCUCCUCUCUGAAAGAUUCCUAUAGAAAUUCCUCCAGAGAUACUUUUAGAAAGUUAUCUAGAAAUUUAUUCAGAAAUCAGUCAGAGGAUUCCUCCUGAUAUUUUUCCAAGGAUUGUAUUAGAUAUUCCAUGAUUUUAUAAGAAAAUUUCUGCAGAUAUUCUUUUAAAAAAUCUUUCAGACUUAAAUUUGGUCAGUUUCUUCAAGUAAAUUUCUCCACAUAUUCCUUCAAAACAUAUUCUAUGCCUUGAUACUGCGUUACUCUAAUCAUCAAUGAAUUUUCCAGAGUUUCCUUCAGGAAUUCUAAUAGAGAUUGCUGAAAAAAAUCUUUAAGGAUAACUUAAAAACUCUUCAAUAGAUUUCCUCAGUAAUUUUUCUUUAGAUUCCUAUAGAAAAUCCUGCAAAGAUUCCUUUAUAAAACUCGCUGAGAAUUUCUACAGAAAUUCUUCGAGGUUUAUUUUUAGAAAAUCUUCUGUAUAUUUUUUUUUAGAAAUAAUAAAUCUCUCACAUCACUUAGAAAAUCUUCCAUCGAUUUCUUCCGAAAUUGUUUCGUGUUCCCUAAGAGUCAAAAGCUUUAUAAAGUUCUGCUAGAAUUCCUAGAAAGCCGGGAUGAAUCUGCCUACGGCAGAAAAUCCCUGAAUGAAAAGAUUUAAAAAAUCUGCUAGAAUUCCUAUUGAAAAAUUAUCAUGAAUUCCCUCCUUAAUUUCUUCAGACGAUCAUAAAUUUGGAAUUUCUUUAGAAAUUUCUGCAGGUAUUCCAUUGGAAAAUGUGUCAUUGAUUUCAUCCAACAUUUCUCUAAAAGUUUCUUUUGAAAGCCUUUCGAAUCCAGAGAUUCCCACAGGGAUUUCUUGCGAAAAUAUUCUAGGGAUUUUUAUAGAAAAUCCUGCAGAGUUUCCUUGAGGAUUUUUUUCAGGGAUUCCUGAAGGUGAAACAUCAAGAAAUCCCAUUGCAAUUUUUCAUACAAACUUAAGAGGCACAAAUCCGACAAACAAAGCAUCGAGCCAAGCCGCACUUGUUUUUUCUGGCUUUGCUCACUUCUAAAAAGAGGCAGCUUUUACAAAUCGAGAGCAUUUGUUUACAAAUUUUCAAGAUUGGUGCUCUUGAAAACGUUAGUAGGGGACCAAGUCGGCCAUUGUGGCAGCCAUGAUUGUAUUCUCUGAAGUUUCUUCUUAAUAAAUUCUUCCAGUGGAUCUCCACGAACUCCUACAGGCAUUUCUUCACGAACUGCUCGAGGAAUUCCUGCAAGAAUUACUCCAUGAAUUCCAUUGGAAAUUCUUGUUGAAUUGUCUCCCGGAUUUUCAUGAGGAUGUUCCAGCAGCAAUUUCUCCAGAGAUUAUUACUUAAUUUCAUCCAGUGAUUUCAGCAGGAAUUUUUCCGGAGAUUCCAACAACAACUCAUAUAGAGAAUUCUUCAGGAAUUCAUCCUGGUAUUCCUUCAUGUUCAUGAUUCGUCUUAUAAUUACUAUAGUACUACGAUUUUUCGCAGGAUACUGGAAAGGUUUACAAAAUGCAAUGAAAUGUCAUGGAACACUAUGUCAGUUGCAGACAUUGUAAGCAAAAAAAAAUCCAUAUACCACAGAGUUUGAUGAUGAACCACGAAAUUCAAUGAAACACCAUGUAUUUCAUGCUGUGUCUCACGAAUCACCUUGUAGUAUCACAGAAUAUCAUGGAGUAUCACGGAUACUAUGAAAUACCACGAAAUGCAAUGGAGUGCCAUGAAACACUUUGAAGUUCCAUGAAAUACAAGGGAUUAUCAGGUAUUUUAGAGGAUACUAUGAAACACUGAAAACUCUUUCAGCCAGCGAUUUCAGGAAAUAUUCCGGUGAUUCCUUCAGAUAUUUCUUCACGAACUCAUUCAGAGAUUUCCUCGGAAAUUUCCACAGAUAUUUCAUUUUAAAUAUCCACAGGAAUUACAUCAGAGAUUAUUGCAGAAAACUCAACAAAAUCUUCUGCUCGGAAUCUUUCAUUAUUACUUUCAGUGAUUCUAGCAGUAAUUUAUACAAAAAUUCUUUCAGGACUUCCAUAAAUUCCUUCAGCAAUUUCUCCAAGGAUUCAUACUGAUUUUUUCCACGGAUGCAUUGAUUUCUCUAGAAAUAUUUCCAAGAAAUUUCUACAGCAAUUCUACUGAAAUUUUAUCAAGGCAUUUUUCAGAUUACACUAGGAUUUUUUAAAGAAAAUCGUCCUUGUACUCUAUUGAAGGAUUUCUCUAGGAAUUAUUCUAAAGCUUUCCAAUAAAUUCUUUUGGAGUUCCAUCAAGCAUUUCCCAAGAAGUUUCCCCUGGUGUUCGUCCAGGAAUUCAUCCUGAAAUUCCUUCCGGGAUUUCCCUGAGGUUUCUCUAACCCUCGAGCAAUCGCGCUGUUGUAUUUUGUACAACACGUUGAAAAAAAUCUCUCUUUUUGUAUUCAGCAUUAGCGUGGUGCUGACGGAGGUGCUCAACCGCGCGAGUUACGGAAGGUUAAAUAUACCUUCAUGGAUUUUUACAGAAAUUGGAUUGGAAUUUUCUUUAAAUACUCCUUCCGGAGAAUCUUUUAGUAAUUCCUUUAUGGAUUACUUCUGAUGAUUUUUUUUUCAGAAAUAUGUUCAGGAACUCUUUCAAUAUUCCGAGGACUUCUUUAGGAAUUUUAACAAAAAAAUCAUCAAACGUUCUUCAAUGGAUUUUUUUUUUCAUAAAAUUUACCUUCAAAUAAUCCUGCAGAAAUUCCUGCAAAAGUUUCCCAAUUGAGAAAUUAAGAGAUUGCCUAAAAUAUCUUCGAAAGAAUUCUUAAAAGAAUUUCACGAGAAAUUUCUGAAGGAGUUCUAGAUAUCAAUCACAGGGAAAAUAGAAAUCCCUGAAAAUGGAUUUCUAACGAACACCCUUGAAGAGCAAGGACGUACCGGUAUAUGGGGUGCUGAAAUUUGGAAACAAUGAUUUUACCAUGACAGCACUGAUUCCAUGAUGUAUAAUGAAAUACAAUAAAAUAGCCAUGGAAUACCAUGUGAAAUAUUACAGAUUAUCAUGAAGUACCACGAAAUACUGUGAAGUAUUGUGAUGGAAACUUGUGAGCCCUGGAGGAUGCCCAUGAUCUCAAGAACUCUUUGAGGAAUAACAUUUUUUAUAGAUGUUUACGGGGUUUGACUUGUGAAUUUCUUCUGUGGAUUCCAUCAGAAAAUCUGUCCUGGGUUUCGGCGUUUCCGUUGGAGUACUUUCUGGAUUCCUGAAUAUAUAUAUUCUCCUAACGUCAAGGGAGUGUCCAUACAAUGUCUCUACCAUUACUCACAGAACUCUUCUUGAAAUUCUUCUCGGAUUUCAUUGCAUGACUUCUUCUGGAAUUUCUUCAAGAUUUCCCUUUCUAUUUGUUUUUGAAGUUUUUAGCUGCCUAGGUUUUUUAUUUUUUUCAAAUUCCUGAAUAUAUAUUCUGAACAAUUCGAGAGUUUUUUCUUGCAGUUCUCUCUAGAACAAACCUAGAGAGAAAUCCGUGAAAAAUAUUGGAAGGAAAUCCUGGUAGAAUCACGUAUGGAGUUCCGAUUGAGGAACAAUUCGGAAAAUUCUAGGAGAAACUCUGGUGGAAAUUCAGGAUGGUAUCGGAUGCGAAAUCUCGAAAGCGAUCCGAUGAGAAACUCAUUUAGAAAAAUCUCUGGAAGAGAAUCACUGGGUGAAAUCAGACAUAAACUGCUAGAAAUCGCACGGAUGAAUUAUGGGAGAAAUUCCGGAAAGUGAUCCUGUGGAGAUACCGCAAAACGGAAGUAAUCUCCAAAAACCCUCAGGAAAAAAAAUCUGUAAAAAAAAGUAUGAUAACCUUUAUGAAAAAUACCUGGAAAACUCCUAGAAGAAGCUCUGGAGGACUCACGCGAAUAUCUCUAGAAGAUGUCUCAGGAAGAACUUUUGGAGAAAUGUGUGGAGAAACUUUGGUAAAAAUUGCGGGAGAAGCACUGGUAGACAUCACAUGAUACCUCUAGAGUUCUGAAAGGAACUCCAAAGGAAUAAAGUAAACCCUCCGAAGUUGAUUACCAAAGAAUCCAUAAAAAAAAUCCAGGGGAAAUCCCAAAAGAAAUUCCGGGUCAAAUCUCCUAGGCAGUAAGAAAGAACUCCGCGAGAAUUCCCGUUAGAAACUAUUGGGAAAUUUCAGGAGAACUUACAGGAGAAUAGGUAUAAAUUCUGGAGAGAUCUCGCGUGAAACUUCAAGAAUAAACUCUAAAAAAAUCCUCUUGGAAAAAAUGCGAGCGCCACUUUAAAAGAAAUUUCUGAGUUAAAUUCAGGUAGAAACAGGUAGAAAUCCCGGGAGGAAAUCUGAGAGAAAAAAAUCGGAAAGCACUUUUGGAAGAGAUCCUAGAAUACUGGGAGAAAUCCCCAAAAAAUCAGAGAGGAGCUCUGGAGUACUUCCUCGAAAAUCUUUAAGAGAUAUCCCAGUACAAACUGGUGGAGAAAUAGCAGGAAAAACUUUGGUAGGAAUAGCGGGCGUCUACGUCACUUUGACGUAGAAAUUUCAAGAGUCGAAGUCAUCGCUGUGUUCAAGAAGAAGUGACAAUCACUACUGCAGGAUGGUUGAUACUGCCUGGAACGAGAGUUAGUUUGAGUUGCUUUGGCGUGGUUCACUGACCACCAAGCGUUUGUCAUUUGCUCUAAGUGAUAGAGCAAAGACAACUUUGUCCCCAUUGAUCUGCUAUUCACAUGAUUUUCCUCCAGUAAACCGAGUACCCGUAGACGGUAAGAGUGCAAGAAAGUGCUUCUUGUUUGAGAGAAAUGCGUAGUGGGGCAACGUCAAAGAGAACUUCAAGUGUUACCGUAGAAGUUAAGAAGAACGCCCCAGACAUCGCCAUUAAACACAUCCUUUUUCUCAAUUCUCAACUACCUGGAGGACGCUUUGCAUCAGGUCGAAAAGGAUGCUGAUACUCAUACCAACUAACAAUGUUAAGUAAUCGUCGGCAAAACCAUAAGUCAGAAAAACGAGUUGUUUCAAUAGCGUAUCUGCUACGAGAUUCCUCAAAAGCGGUGACAAGACUCCCCCUUGGGGGCACCCACAAACACUCAAAUUCCUAAUCGCUGCUUGACGCAAUCUCGAGAAGAGAUGUCGGUUUUUGAGCAUUUGGUGAAUCCCAUUGGAAAUCAUCGGAGAUGCCUUCUCGAUAUCGUAAACAACUUUGUGUAAAAAAUUCACAGUGGACCUUCCAGAUUGGUAGGCAUGUUGGUUCACAUGAAGAGGCACGUUGGCCAGAUGAACAUCACAGAUGUGAUGAUCCACAAUGCGUUCUAAGCAUUUCAGAAGAAAAGAGGUCAAACUGAUAGCCUAUCAGUGAUAGGUCUGAAACUAUUUGUUUCUUCAUACGACGCACGACCCACUUUCGGAAUAAGCUUUAAAGUAAUAUUCCGCCAAGAUUUGGUGUGAUAGAACAAUUGACUUUGUAAUAUCAGCAUGAAGCCGUAAUAAAUUAAGAAAAAAUCGUCGAGGCGUUCUGAUUUUUGAUUGGGAUGAAUGAGUGCAAUAGUCUUCCAUGUAUAUUGCCUCGACACUUGCUAUCUGACAAUAUUGCACCGACUGACCUCUCAACUGCAUGCCUCAAAGUCAACAUUAAUUUUGACUGCAAUUAUCACCGAUCGCUAUCAUGCUGAGUUGCCACUGACACCGUUCCGAAGGAACCAAAAGUCCAAGAGGCAUUUUUGCUCACGUACAUAUGUACUUUCCGCACAUGAAACCAAGUGUAUGGUGACCAUCAAUGCCCACCACUCGACAUCGGCGGAAUUGAAUUAUAUCGCUCAUAAAAGCCCUCCACGCGGAAAUUUCGGGUAUGACCGUCGUCGUCAGCCUAAUCUGAAAUGUGUGGCCUCUCGCGUGAAUCGACUGCGCAUUCUUAUGUCCAACCCCGUCAACGGGAAAACAACCUUCACCAUGAAAAGAAGCUAAAAUUUGGCCGGCGAAACAUUGAAACGCACACGGUUGCGGUCGGUGUUGCUCUUCAGGUUCGGAACUUGGAGUACCCUACAAUUAACUUUAUGGGCUCAUUGACAACAUGACCUUACAUUAUUGAGAGCGGCGGCGCCUACCCACUUACAUGCGUUGUGUACACAGUAGUGCUUACACAGGUCCUCAAAACCCGUCCGGAGCAGAACAGAUUUUAUCUGUGACUCAUCGUGGUCUGCACCACCACCGACCGUGAUUCAACCAACAACGCAACGCGAGGAGGCGAGGGUGUUUGGAUUAUUUGUUCGAUUCUUUUAAUUCGAUUUGUAAUUAUUGAGCUGAUCUUAAAAGCGUCGGCGACCGUUUCCCGGAAUCAUGCGAUUGGAUCGGGUUGGUGGAGGGUUCGAUCACCGUCGUGUUGUGUGGGGGAAGUAUGAAAUCAUUUUCGUUUCAAUGACUAUUGCCUUCUAGGAUGCUGGGCGAAUCGAUCGAAUGCAUAUUCAAUUCCGGUGAUUUGAAAUUCGUAUUCGAUUGAAGUACUUGUUUGUUCUGUCCAAGCUAUGGUCCUUGAGAUAGAUCAAUGUACUUUUCAUGAAUAAAUUCUACAGAUACAGAAUGGCAAUCGUAGAGAACAAAUCAUAAAUUGAAAUGUUGAGUUCCUUCUUUGAAUGAAACUGUGAUAAUGUUUGGCUUUCAAUAUGCAUAAUUUCCCACAAAUUUACCAGAUCUCUACUCUUUUCCCUGCGUACAUCACCAAACCCAUUACCUUGUGAAAUACUUUACCAUUAAAAUUUCACCUUUCAUGAUCGUACAAUAUUCUGCCGCAUGCGAAAAUCAAUUGCCAUAAUUUUAAGAGUGCUGUCCUAAUCAACCAUUUCAUUAGUCUGUAAGUUUCGUGAGCAAAACAUCACCGUAGUAGAUCACAAUCAGAUGACCAGUGCCCUGUCUCUCUCCCCAAGCAGCUAAGCUUAAUUAAAACUUCUAAUCAAUUGUGAUGAACGAUGUAGAUACGCAAGUGUCAUGAAUCACAGCACAAACUAAUUGCCAUAUUUGUAGGUUUUUGUACACAUCCACAAGCGCAAGAGCCGAUCGUGUAGAAAUUGGCACCUUAGCGUCACUGAUUCGAAGAUAUUCGGCGACUAGUUCUCUGAUGAUAGAUAUCCAUUUGAAGCACCUACUCACCUCGAUUUAAUAAGGAAUAAAAGAAUUAUUUUGAACAAUCAGCAUUCGCACCAUCAACUCACUCGAACAAAUGGAUUCCCGUCAUAGAGAACCCCCUAGAAGUCCCAUAAUCAUGCACCAGAAUCAUUCGAAUCACGUCGACUUGGGCCAACGCUUGUUAAUAUUUAGUUUUAUAAGAACUCGAUUUAGAAAGAAUACGCAGCUCCAGUCGUGUUGUUAGGGAACUUAUUUAUAAUCAACACUUACCAGUCUAGCAUAGAAAAUCGAUAGAAUUGCAUACUCCCCGAAAUGAGCUUUGAAAGUAGAUAAGACAUAAAGACGACACGCAUUCAACAGAGACACAUCACGCCAUGACCGAUAAACUGUGUAAUAAACUAUUAGAUCCAG